AUGUUGAAAGCCUUUACCCGCCGAACCUCUCCACGACGCCUCUUCUCCCAGCAGCUGACACCUACCCGACCGACACCGCACACGUCAUCACGCAGCAACUCCUCCUCAUCCUCAUCCUCCGGCGCAUAUAACAACACCAGAACCCGCCCCCUCCCGGCUACCACAAAGGCUGCGCUGUUCCUGCCCUCAACCAUUGCCGCCUCGCUUGCUGUAUCUGCAUUUGCGCUGCUCGACGAAGACGACGAGAAAGAGAACAGAUUCGCGAUAUCAUUGCCGUUCAGAAGAGGAAGACAUGCCCCCGCCGCAGAACACGUUGCCGGGCAGAGCAGGGAACCUGACGAAAGAGGAGGAAGCGAGGCUGAAAGAGCUGUGGACCGCCACCCUCGUCGUCUUUGGCGUCUCCUCACCCGCCAGCACCCCCUCCACCACGAGCACCACCACAUCGCCGCCCGCAACGCCGGCCCCCCAGUGGUGGCCGAGUCGCCAGAGAAGAAGAAAAAGCUGGGCCGCUUCCUGUCGCGGAGGGGUAAGUCUGAGGCGGCGAAUACUACGCCGCCGGCGGCGACGACGGAGAAGAUUGCAAACGACGUGGCGGCGGCGGUCGAUGCGAGCGACGACAAGUAUGGGCAGACGAAGGAGUUCAAGGCGGCGCUGGCGAGCCAGACGCCUGCGGAGCUGAGAGAGGCGUUUUGGGGCAUGGUGAAGCAUGAUAACCCGGAUGGGCUGCUGCUGCGCUUCUUGAGGGCGCGCAAGUGGGAUGUGGAUAAGGCGCUGGUCAUGAUGGUGGCGACGAUGAAUUGGAGGAGCAAGGAGAUGAAUGUGCAAGAAGUCAUAUCGAAGGGCGAGGAGGCAUACGCGGCGUCGCCGGAUCAGGGCUUCAUCAAGCAGCUGAGGAUGGGCAAGUCGUUCCUGCACGGCACCGACAAGGAGGGCCGCCCGAUCUGCUUCGUCCGCGUACGGCUGCACAAACAGGCCGACCAGAGCGAGGAGGCGCUCGAGAAGUACACCGUCUACAUCAUGGAGACCGCGCGCCUCAUGCUGCGCGACCCCGUCGACACGGCCGCUGUCGUCUUUGACAUGAGCGGCUUCAGUAUGGCUAAUAUGGACUACGCGCCCGUAAAGUACCUUAUCAAGUGCUUCGAAGCCCACUACCCCGAGUCCCUCGGCGUCUGCUUGGUCCACAAGGCACCGUGGAUCUUCCAAUCCAUCUGGUCCAUCAUCCGCGGCUGGCUCGACCCCGUCGUUGCCUCAAAGAUCCACUUUACAAAGUCCGUCGAGGACAUGGAGGCCUACAUCCCGCGCUCAAACAUCCUCAAGGAACUCGGCGGCGACGACGACUGGUCGUACUCCUACGUCGAGCCCGUGCCCGGCGAGAACGACGCGAUGGUCAAGGGCGCGGAGGUCAGGGAGGUGCUGCUGAGGAAGAGGGAGGGGCAGGUGAGGGAGUUUGAGCAGCUCACGAAGAAGUGGGUGGAGGGGGAGCUGAAUGGUGGCGCGAGAGCGAGGGUGGCGGAGGAGUUGAGGAGGGGCUAUUGGGAGUUGGAUCCGUAUUUGAGGGCGAGGACGGUGUAUGAUCGUACGGGCGUGUUUGGGGAGGGGGGCAGGCUGGAGAUGUAUAAGUAUAGGGAGGCGAAGGGGAAGGAGGUGGCGGCGGAGAGGUUUGAUGAGAUUGAUUAG